AUGUGGACGAAUCUAACUGGCCGGUCUAUACGAUGCGAUACUGAUGUUCGGGGGUCGAAAAGCACUUUCGGCUGGAGUGGAAUCACAAACCUGAGGCCCACAGUGUGGAAGAGUAUGUUAUCAUCCCGUGCGGACCCCGCGGACUAUCCUGUUAGAAAGGGCGGUCACAAGACUCAAACCUCAAAAACCGACAGAGAACCGGAUACUGCUUAUCAUAUUUCUGUGCGGUUUGGUAAAAUCGCUGAUCGUGCUGGGCCGGGCCAAGUGUGGGCCUACUCUGUCCACAUCUAUCUCAAUGAUAAUACCAAGAAAUAUGAACCGAGAGAAGUUAUAUGGGGUAACCCAACACCUGACAGACCAGAACAGUCCGCGGUAUACAAGAACAGAAUCCAAUGGCCUACCGGCGCAACAGCUACGACAGCACCCCCGGCUCCCGGUGAGCAACCCUUAGUCUCCACCACAUCGACUGAAGGGUUGGCUCCAGCCUCUCUCCCUACGACUAAUCCUUGGGGCGGAUCAAUAAUUCCGUCGCGGCCGCCGAAUCCCCCCCAGUGGGGAGAAGGUCCAGGCCAAGGGCCUGCCGCAGGGGGCGGUGGAAGUACAUAA